AUGAAUACCCACCUGCGGGAGACCAACUUUACAAGCAGGCCAAGUGACGCAGCGAAAAAGGGGAAGGACAAAACAACUGUGCACAUAAAGAACACAUACAUCUCGCCCUACGUCCUCUAUAACAACAGAAAGGGAAACAACGAAAAUGAAUUUGCCAAGCUGAAUAACCUCUUAACAAAUGAAAAGAACCGAGUGUUUAUUAAGCACAAAUUGAAUUACUUCAAAGAUGGUAUUCACGAGAAAAAGAUUUUAAGAUAUGCGUUAAUUAAUGAGCUAAAUUUAAAGUGCUUCGAGAAUAGGGGGAAUGGGUGCGAACUGAAUAGCAUCACGACGAUGAUUCGUAUGAACUCUGAAUUUGGGAGCGACAAGGAGCAGGGCGUGGCUGCGCGAGAGGAAGCAGACUUGGUUGGCAAUAUAAAGGAGCUCACCAUUAUUCGCAGCGAGGAUAUAAUUCGUGGGGGGGGCAUCAUCCGCAGCGAGGAAUUCAUCAGCAGCAAGGAUGUGCUUCGCCGCGGGGGGGGGCCACACCGUGUGGAUAUGCAACACCGUGGGGAUGCCCUAUGCCGCGGCGAUGUGCUAUGCCGCAGCGAUGUGCCGCUCCGUGGGGUAGGCACUACCAAUGAAAAGGCGAGUGACGGCGCGGAAAAAAGGAGCGGCCCCUUUAAGACACGCCCGAGUGACGAAAAGGAAGGCGACUUCUUUGGUUAUAGCAACCACUACGGGGGUAGCAACCAAUACGGGGAUAGCAACCAAUACGGGGAUAGCAACCAAUACGGGGAUAGCAACCAAUACGGGGAUAGCAACCAAUACGGGGAUAGCAAAGAUGUGCCCACUUCGCUGUGCUGCCUUCCGACGGGUGAGCCAUGCCCAGGGGGGGGAAGAACUGCCAAGGAGUCGCCAGCAGAAGGUAGCAACAAAGGGGACGUGCCUACGAAGAGUACUAAUCGGCUGAAGAACAGCACAAACGAUGUAGUGUACAAAUGCGAAGACUCAAUUCCAUUGGGAACCAUCCUGAACAUUCAUAAUCUUGAUAACAACAGCACGAACAUCCUAACGACGGUGAUGUUGCGAAAUAUCCCCAACAAGUACACACAAAAAAUGCUUAUGAAUGUGAUGAAUGAGCACUUUAAAGGACUUUAUGAUUUUUUUUACCUUCCAAUUGAUUUCCGCAAUAAAUGUAACGUUGGCUAUGCCUUUAUCAAUUUUAUACAUCCAUAUUAUGCUGAACUGUUCAUACGAUUUUUUAAUAAUUAUAAACUGAAUGCUUUUAAAAGCAACAAAGUGUGCAGCGUCACUUGGGGAAGAGUACAGGGGCUGAAGGCUAACAUCGAACAUUAUAGGAAUUCCGCCAUCAUGACUAUUCCCAUCCCGCAGUAUAAACCCAUGCUCUUUCAAAAUGGGAUUUCCGUCUCUUGGCCCGAGUCCGACGGGCCCCUGCCCGCCAUCAAGCUGCGCUCGCAGAAGUAUUGA